AUGGCGCUCUCAGAACCAUCUUUCGACUACGACCCCUUUCACGCGUACGACCAUGACCGCGAGGCUAAAGAAACUUCGUUCGCAAGCCUUCUGGGAGUUGCAGCCCGAGCCAUCAAGCUUCGCUCCCACAGCCCAGCAGAUAUGGACCCCGUCCCAAUGCACCAGCGAAGCUGGACCAUGUGGGAUUAUACGUCAUACUGGCUGUCAGACGGUUUCAAUGUCGCUACCUGGAACAUGGCUUCGUCUAUGCUGGCUGUUGGUUUAUCUUGGAAACAAGCGCUCCCCGCGAUUGCUAUAGGUCACUUUAUCAUCGCUCUUGCAGUAACGGCGAAUGGAACGAUUGGAGCAAGACUUCAUAUUCCUUUUCCUGUACUCAACCGUAGCUCGUUUGGUUAUUGGCUCUCAUAUUUUUCGGUGAUCAGCCGAUGUGUACUGGCCAUGUUUUGGUUUGGCUUACCGGAAUCAGCCAAUAUUACAACUGUUGAUAUGAUGUGCUACUUCUUUUAUUGGCUCAUUCAACUCCCGUUCUUAUUGAUUUCGCCUCACAAGAUUCGAUACCUUUUUAUCGCGAAGGCCGUUCUAGCUCCAGUAACAGGUCUGUCCAUGAUGACAUGGGCAUUCGUUAAGACCGGAGGGGGUCCCAUUUUUGAGCAAAAGGCCACAAUAUCAGGCUCGGCACUGAGUUGGGCAAUGUUAUCUGCCAUGAAUUCUGCGAUUGGGAACUAUGCUACGUUGUCUGUGAAUAUUCCUGACUUCACGCGAUAUGCUCGAAGCCCUCGGGAUCAAUAUAUACAGGUUUUAAUUAUUCCAGUUAUAUUUACGUUUUUUGCUUUUAUGGGCAUUGCGGUUACCAGCGCCGGGAACGUAAUUUACGGAGAGAUACUCUGGAACCCUCUCACCCUCAUUGACCAUUGGGAUAAUCGAGCAGCAGCUUUCUUCGCGUCAUUUGUAUUUUGCUUGGCUACUAUUGGAACCAAUGUUUCUGCAAACUCUAUCAGCGCAGCUAAUGACUUUACAGCCCUCCUCCCAAAGGCAGGCCGCUUGUGGUUGAAUAUCAAACGGGGACAGAUUUUAUGCGCCUUGAUCGGAGGAUGGGUUGUUUGUCCGUGGGAAAUUCUAGGGAGUGCUAUUGGGUUUCUUAAUUUUAUGGGAGGCUACACUGUCUUCUUGGGACCAAUUUGUAGUAUCAUGAUCGUAGAUUAUUGGCUUGUGCACAAAGGAAACAUUGAUAUACCAGCGCUUUAUGAUCCCAAGGGGCGAUAUAGAUAUGUUGGUGGUGUGAACUGGCGUGCGCUGUUGGCCCUUUGCGUGUCAGUUCCUCCUAAUCUUCCAGGUCUCAUCCACUCGAUCAACCCCAAAAUAGAUGUGGGUUUGGGAGGACAGCAUUUAUUCAGCAUCGCUUGGCUGCUUGGUUUCUCUCUUGCAGGAGUAACUUAUUUUAUCACUUCAACACUGUUCCCUCCCAGGGAGACCAUGGUUGACGAACUUAUUACGGGCGACGAUCAAACUAGCCAGUCUAAUGACCUCGAGAAUGUUACCGACGAGAAACACAACUUGGCGGAUGAUAUCCACUCUGUUGAGAACGGAGGGCCUCGUCCUAAAAGUAGGGCCUCGGAAAGGACUCCGCUUUUGGCACAAGCUGGACCAAGUCAGACCCCUUGGCGACUGCAUGUAAAUGAGCGCAGUGCUCAAGCCAGGCUUCAGCCUUACAUCGACAGAGCAAUUGCCAGACAAAAGUACCAAUACUUUCUCGCAAAGCUCAUCAAGUGGGGAAUCAAUUUCAUUCUUCUGCUCCAAGUUACGGUGGGAGCUUUGGUAACUAUUCUUACAGUUCUGGAACCAAGCGAAAAGACGAGGCUAGCUAUUGCUGGGUUGGGUGCUUUGGGAACCCUCACAGCAUCUGUGCUCGCCAGGGCAAAGGGGACAAAUCAACCUGAGCUCGCCGAGACUCAUGCUCGAGAGCUGGAAAAGUUUAUUGGACAGUGCCAACUGUUCGUUGGAGAUGUGGGAUCGGCCGUUGGUCCUGAGAUCGAUGCACAAGUCUUGGAGUUCGUGCGCCAAUUCGACGCGAUUGAGGAUAAAGCCGUAGACUGCCGCUCGUCAUUGAGAAAGGUUCCGGGUUCACAACUUAAGGAUGAAGCAUCGGAACGUGUGGCUUGGUCUGUGAUUCCUGGACGAACCGCAGAAGAAAGACUUAGACCAUACAUCGACAGAGCAAAAUCUAACUAUAAAUGGCAGUUCUUUCUCGGAAAGGCCAUGGCUUGGGGAACGAACAUUCUUAUUAUACUUCAAGUUGGGGUGGGGGCUAUGGUAACUGUUUGUACAGUUCAGAAGCAAACCGAAAUGCUUCUAUACUUGCUAGGGCAAAGAGAAGUUUAUCUCGAGUGUGAGAUGUUCGUUGAAGAUGUCGGCACAACCUCUGGGCCAGAAAUAGAUGCGCAGGUUGCACGCUUCGUUCGCCAGUUUGACGCAAUUGAGGAUAGAGCUAUUGAGGAGAGGCCUUCCUCAACGCUGUUCGGCCGCCUCAAGGAUCAUAUCGAAGAAAAUCACGUCCCAGACCCCGAGAGCUCACGACCCCCCUUGAGUACGAAGGAAUCCGCUGCUCCGGCUCCUCCGACCACGGCUCCGAAAACUCGAAAAGUUCAGCCGAGUACCCGGACUGCACAGGAAAGACUGCAGCCAUAUAUAGACAAGGCUAUUAAGAGGCAGAGAUAUCAGUUUUACCUCAGUAAAGUGAUCAAGUAUGGAAUAAACGUCAUCAUAUUCGCGCAGAUUAUAGUGGGGGCAUUGAUAACGAUUAUAUCGGUGCUCAGUCCUAGCGAGGGGACACGAAUCACUACGGCUGUAUUGGGAGCAGUAGGCACUUUUACAGCUUCUGUGUUAGCCAGAGCAAAGGGAACCAACCAACCGGAACUUGCGGAGACACACGCAAGAGAGUUGGAAAAGUUCAUUGGUGAAUGCCAGCUAUUUGCUGCCGACGCAGGUGAUGUUAUUGGACCCGAAAUAGAUGCCAGGGUUAUAGAGCUUGUCGACCAAUUUGAAGAAGUCGAGGAUCGCGCGGCAGAGGCUUCACGAGGACGCGAACUACAAGGUCUUCCGACGUGGGCUCUGCGGCCGCGUAUGGCAGGAGGACUGUACGGAGGGAUAAAAUUUUCUGCGAAUGGGACGUCUGAGGCGACUGUCGUAACUCCUGUUGAAGCGCCGGCUCCUGUUGCUAGUGCCCCGACCCCUCAAGUGGCUGCGGAAACACCAGCCGCUGCACCAAGCGAACCUGUUGCGGCAACCAAGCCAGAUGAUUCGCAAAAGAAGUCUGCAGGAUGGUCUGCCGCACUCUCCUUUGCCCCUACUCGGCGAAAGGCGCCCACAACACAGGCUCGCCCUUCGUAUGCUGGCUUUACUACUUCGAAAGUUUCGGCUGCUGUCCCACCGACACUUGCCGCCUCUUCGGCUACGAUCUCAGCACCGCCGGCUGGGGGUUGGGCGAAGAAAAUCAAGGCUCCAUCGAUGGUACUAGACGAAGAUGUCAAUGGAUUCCGUGCAGUAGGCGGAGGAAAGAAGAAGGGAGCAGGUUCACGCAAGAAGGGAAAAAAUGCUGCAAAUGCCCCCCCAGCUUGGGACCCCAUGGAACCUUACGAUCCUCGCGCUCCAAACGAUUACUAUGAAUACAAAGCAUGGAAACAACGGGAGCACGACGAUUCUCUAGCAAGACGACAAGCAGAACUCAGGGAGGAGUCACGAGGUCGCAAACGAUCCUGGAAGGACGACGACCGCUCGGAUGAGAGCGACGACGCGUCGGAAGAUAGCAGAGAUUACGAUAGAUGGCAAAACCGACCGCGCAAAACGGGUCGCUACGAACGUUCCAGGUCUACACACCGCUCCAGGUCUCGGUCUCGGUCCCGUUCGCGCUCCCCCAGGCGCUCGCCAGAGCAUGAGGAACAGCCAGUCCGCCGAGCACCGCCCUCCUUUGCUCCUGCAUCUAUGCCCACCGAGGAGCCGAGCGCUGCGGCAAGUGGGGAAGAAGCAUACCUAAGACGCCUGGCAAUGUCUACGAGAGCUGCUCGGGACCCACCUCCCAAUACUGAAGAACCUGCGACGGUCUCUCUCGCUACGACUGGCGACGAAGCCUAUGCUCGACGACUGGCCAUGUCUCAGGCCAUGUCGCAACCUCCUGCUGCCAACAACCCCCUGCCAAACGCCUAUCCCCAGUUUGCUAGGGCACAACAACCCGAUGUACUCCCUGAAGACGAUCCGAUUCCGUCACCCCCCGUUGACACACCCCCAGAACCAGAGCCAGCCCCAGCCCCUGCGGCCGUUCCCGUGCCCACGGGCCCCACUCCCGGCAGCGAAGAAUUCGAUGCCCAAGUCAAGGCGCGAAGAGAAGCAGCAGCUGCUAUAGCCGCUCGUCUUGGUAAACUAGCCAACGCUGCUCCAAGUCAGCCGGCAGCGCAGGCUCCAGCACCCCCACAGCAAGAAAGCGGCGAAGAUCCCGACCCACGUGGUUUUGCUGAAAGGAUGAUGGCUAAAUGGGGUCACAAGAGUGGACAAGGUCUUGGCGUUAAUGCCACAGGUAUUGUCCACGCAUUGACUGUAGAACAGUCGAAUCGACCCAAAGGCAAUAAAGCGGGAGGUUCUGCUGCUGGAGGCUUUGGCGCCAAAGAAGGGAACCGAAUGGGGAAGAUUAUCAAUGCAAACGAGGAUGUGCGCCAGAAAGAGGAGCUCGAACGAAGACCUGGAGACGACGAAUUACCCGAUGAAGUUGCACAAGAGUGCAAUAAACACGGCGUCGUUGAACGCGUCUUUGUUCAUGCCGUCUAUCCGGAGCCUGCCAAAGAAGAAGACGCGGUUCGUGUGUUUGUCAAAUUCUCGGGGCCGGUUGGAGCAUACAGGACAGUCCGCGAUUUUGACGGCCGGUUCUUCGGUGGCCGACACACGACCAGCAUUGACGCAAAUAUGCCCGUUGCGACACCCAAAGCGGCCAAGCCGUGUACCUUGAGAGGCUCGCAUCGGCCCAUAGCAGCAUUGUUCGUCGGCGAGGCCGAGGCAACAGAGCUCGCGACCGAGGAUGUUGCUGAUGCAAUGGGUGAAGUGGUCGGUAGGGCCGUGACGGCGCCCCUGUCGUUGUAG